UUUCCUUCAAGGGUUUUGGUUCCUAGAAGGCGAAAUGGAGAGUUCUUACAGAACAAGAAUUCUCGUCUCGCCAUCACUAUCUACGCCGAUUACUUUUACCGAUGGCGCCUCGCUGAACGACGCAGACUGCGGGGGUUUCGUUCCGUUUCCGUCACUGCUGCAGGAUCAAACAGGAACCGCCUCCGCGAUUGGUUUUUCAGGUUCUGAUCAUCUCUCAUUUCAUCCGUUCAUGAUGAUCGAGCAAGUGGACCCGGCAAGCAGAACACUGAUUCCCGCUGCGACAUCCUUCAAGAUUGAUUCCAGUACUGGAUUCUUCCAACUUCCAAAUCUUUUAUCAUUGGAGCCGCUUCAAGAUCCAUUCAUGGAGAGAUUCGUUUCGAACGCAACUCGUUGUCAAUCUGUCGAGCAUAUCUCCCUUAUUCAAUCAUCCACGCCUCAUAAGAGAACGCGUAUGUGUUCUCAAUACUGGCGGUGCACUCCGUCGCUAGUUCCAGUGCCGAAUCGGCAGUUGGUGGACCCAGGGAAAAACGUUCGUCAAACGCCAUCUGCGCGGUCUACAGAGAGAUCCCGACAACGAAGGCAGUUAAUCAGCGAGCGUACGAGAAUCCUUGAGAAGCUGAUGCCAUGGGAGCGGCGGCUUGACACAGGUACAAUGCUGGAAGAAGCGUGUAAGUAUGUCAAGUUCCUGGAGGCUCAAGUCACUGCUCUGGAGACUAUGCCGGCAGCUUCUAGGGUUUUUCCGUCUUCCAACCCACCGGGAAAUGCUUUCGGACUUGAGCGGCUCACGCGGCAGCAGCUGCUACAAGUGAUGGUUUCCUCAGCAAAGGUUCAGGACAUGCUUUAUAAGAAGGGCUUCUGCGUAGUCUCUGCGGAGCAGGUGGCGAUGCUGCGCCAGGCAAUGGAGCGUCGCCUGCAGCCGCUUCUGCUCCUUGGCCACCUUGGCGGUGAGUAAUGAGUUUACUCUUCGCUUAAGCUUUUCGAUAGGAUCUUACUUUUUUUUUAUUUUGAUUAGGGUUAGGAUUUAGUAUGGUUUUAAUUUGCGAUGAUGGUCUCGCUUGAGAUCGUUUUCAUGGAUGUAGAAAACGGUAGAAUAUGUAGAAGCUUCUUUUCUUUUUUUCUACGUCUAAGAAUGCGGA